AUGGCUGCAGCUUAUCACAUGGAAGCUUUGAGAAAACAGAGGAUCAUCGAAAGAAAGCACGCAGCUUUGGCGAGGAUCACAAUAUGUCAGGUUGGAAUAUUGUCGUGAAGCUUUAUCCGCCGUAUCGUGUCAUCUGUGUUUAUGGUGUUUAACUAUAGCGUUUUGGUGGAUGUUUGGUGUUAAAAUUAUCCCGCAUCUUUGUUUUACAUUCCUUACUUUAGUCCAUAACUGCACAAAAUGGGCAAGGUUCCUAAUAUCUCUUGAGCAUUGAAUCUUGAGCAUUGUUUAUUAAGACUCGUACCGGCGUUAAAUCGAAGGAAUGUCAAAUUCUUAAUGAAUUCUUUGAGUAUUAGACGCCGCUCUGAUAUACACGCAAAUAGCUAAAAUAUGAAGAAUUAAACGUAACUAGCCUGUCGUUACGUUGUAUUUUCAAAGACCUUGGAACUUCUCGCCUUUAAAGUUAGAAGUGAAAUUCCACAAAAAUUCAUGGCAAAAAGUUGACAAAACUUCUCAGCUUCGCUUCAUCGCACCGAACUAUGGUAAGCCAGCGACUCCGAACAAUGCAUAUUUUACAGAGCAAAGUCAAAGCGCGAAAUCGAUCUUGUUGACACGAAAAUAUGAACGUCGAGACACGAAUUCCUGAGGCGGAUCGAAGCUUUCCUAACUGUAUCAUUCAUUCUUUCUAGCGCCGUGGGCACGAAUUAAGAUAAACUAAAAUACAAAGAUGAACUAAAAAUAAUUUACAAGAGAAUUUCUCAAAAUAUGUAACUUGGAAAUUAAGAAUGUAUAACAACAUUUUUCUCAUAAUUGCCUAAAAUAUGCUACCAACUAAAACUAUAGAUACAUUAUACAACUAGAAAUUAAAAACUGUUUAUGGCGGUAGGACUAAAAUUAGAAUAAUUAAAAACUGUUUAUCGUACCGUAGGACUAAGUUGAACAUAAGUUAAACCUGGUUCUCAUAUGCUGCCGAUGCACCUAUGACAUGGCCGCUGGUACUGCCUGGGACACUGUUCCGAUAUAGAACAGAAGUGGCGGGCAACAUUGCUCAUCCAAGUCUUUACCCCUGGUAUGCCUGCAAAGUUUACGCAAGUUCAACUUCGUAGGCAUGCUGGCAGUAGAGCUCUGCGAUGGCUCUAGUUGCUGGUGGCGUAUAUUCUCAUUUGUCUGAGAAGGGUCCCAGGCGGUGCCGGCGGCUACUUCACAGAUACAUCGGCAGCAUAUGGAAACCAGGCUUUACAGUCUCUCCCAUGUCCCUCUACAACAGCAGAUAUGUUUUUUUUGCAUAUCAUACUUUUGUAUCAUUUAAAUCCCUCAAAGAAUUAGUUGUUUAACUGAUCAAAGUAUGUUUCUGAGGUGACCAUUCUGUUAAUUCUCACAACGUUUUGACAAUGUAUUGAUAUUGAUAGGAGAGAAUUAAUGUUGGCCACUGUUAAAGACUUAAAGAGGAAUCUUAAAGCAAAGUUUGGAUCUCUUUUAAAACUCAUCCUAUAAAGAUGCUAUCCUGAGAAAACAGUCAACAUUUCACAGAGUCACCUGGUUUCCCCAUGAAAUGACAUCUCAGUGGCCUGCCCCCUGCCCCCACCCCAAACCAAACUGACGCCCAAAGUGCCGAAAAUUGAGACCGGGCACUUCACUUAUCUGAAGGUCUGGAUCUGCCACUGCAUCUGAGGAACGAGCAUAGAAAUUGCAUACUGAUGACAUGUCACUAGUACUACCAAGAUCUGGGUAGUGGUUUUGAUUGGAUGAAGCAAAUUUUCAGCCAAUCAGAAGCACUACCUGGAUAUGGGUAGUGAUGCAUCAUCAGUAUGGAAUUUGUAUGUUUGUUCCUUAGAUUUCAUUUUUCUGGGAAACCGGUGGUGACGCGUGAAAUGUUGGCUAUUAGAGGCCUCUUGUUUUUGCUCAAAAUGUAUCAAUGGCCCCAAAAUUAAUCAUUCUGUCAUCUUUCUGCCUCAAUUCUAGGAAUUGGAACUGGAAAGAAAAAGGCAGCAGGAGGAAAGAAACAAGUUACAAAAAGAUGAAAUGGAAAAGGAGCGGGGAAAUAUGAGAGAAAAAUAUUUGAUCAGUAUGGGGCGCACAGGAAGACCAGGUGUCAUAAAUGCCAACUAUGUAAACAUGAUUGAAGAACACAAGAAGAGUAUUUCCCAGAGAGAUUUACGCCACCAAGAAAAGAUUUUGCGUGACAGCUGCUUGUACAUGGGGCAUGUUAAUGACAAGUUUUUGGCAUGA